UCGUUCGUUUCACCCGAGUUCCGCGGUCGCCCGCCGCCGCGCCGGCUUGAAUCGGCGCUGACGUGACGUGCGUUACGUUGUUACGCUCGCUCGCGUUUCCACUGUGAAAUCACUAUUAUUGUUUAUCUUCUAAAACACAACCCAAGGAUUGAACAGUUGACAGGAUCUAUAUUACCAGUGCAGUGUAAUGGGCGAGUGAUUGUGAAGCCGUAGUCGAUAGUUGUGAAACGGGACGGCCGUGUAAAUGUGCCGAAUGGUGAUUAAAAGUAAUUUGCUUUUACGGUGUUGAGGGCUGGUGCGUAUCGAUCGUGAACUGGAGUAAAGGACCGUGGAUUGUUGUGGAGACGAGCUGGUUUGAGCCAGGUGUGGAGCAAGCAGUAACAAGCGAGGAUCGAGGGGAUGCGAGUGUGUCUUGUGAUGGUGCUUUGAGAUCGUGCCAGUACCUACUGAGUAGUGUUAGUGUAACUAUAGUGCCCAUAUAGUGCUGAAUGGAUUGUGUCUUUUUUGGAUUGCCCCCGCGAGUCCUCAAUAGACCUUACUGGGAACGGGCUACAAUGGUGUGUGCGUGUGAGGGCGAGCGGGGGGCGGGCGCGGGCAGCCGGCGCGCAUGGCGGCGCCAAUGAGGGAGGGCGCGCCGGCCGGCGGAGCUCGGGCGCCCCACGCGCAUCCCGCCAACUUCGAGUACGAUGACAACGAGUGGGAUAUCGGCAUCGGCGACCUCAUUAUAGACCUCGAUGCCGACAUAGAGAAGACUGACGAGGCGGGCGGCAUGGCGGCGCGCGCCGAACCAGACGCGCAGCGCACCGCGCUCAAGAUGAAGAUCAAGCGCACGAAGCCUGGCACCAAGAGCUCCGAGGCGAAGCACGAGAUCGUAAAGUCCAACGAAAUGAAUGGCGAGCCGAAGCCGCCGCCGCCAGCGCCCGCUUCGCAGCCCACAGCAGCCAAACGCGGUUCAGGCGGUCACCGUCGCGAUAAAGCGCGAGACAAGCACCACCACCCUCAUCCACCUCACGACGUGAACGGCGUGGCGAGAGUACCGCCGCCGCCGAACGCGCCCGGGCCGCCCGCUGCGACGCCGCCGGCGGCUCUGACUACCGCGCUACCUCCUACGCCGCCGACGCAGGCCAAGCCUGAGCCCCGGCCGGCACCCGCGCCGCGAUUGGACGCCAAGCCGACCGCGCCCUCACCAGCACCUACGGCUCCUGCGCCGGCGCCCCCGCCGCCACCUGCGCCCGCGCCUCCUCCACCCGCGAAACCUGAACCUGACGAUUCGCGGCAAGAAACCAAUAGCUCACAGCCUCCAUCAAAGAAGCAAAAAAUGGAAUCUAAGGAGACUGCAGAAGUAUGUGUCGGCACAUCAGUGGGGACGAUCACAGAGCCAGACUGUUUGGGGCCCUGCGAGCCUGGUACAUCAGUCACGCUGGAGGGCAUCGUGUGGCACGAGACGGAAGGUGGCGUGCUAGUUGUAAACGUUACGUGGCGAGGGAAGACCUAUGUUGGCACAUUGCUGGACUGCACGCGACACGAUUGGGCGCCACCACGAUUUUGCGAUUCACCUACAGAAGAGCUAGACGCAAGAACGCCCAAAGGUCGAGCGAAAAGAGGACGAGGCGCCGCCCCCACCGAUAUGACAAACUUCACGGAAACGCGCUCUUCAGUCCACAGCAAGUUAAGAAACGGGGGCGCCAAGGGACGCAGAGCUCUUCCGUCGCCCACUCCAUUUACCCCUCCCAGACCUGACUCCAAAAGGAAGCGAAAUUCAGAUGCAGAAGAACGCCCGCCAACGCCGAAAGCGAAGCGGCCUCCCCCUACUCCUUCCUCGCCCCCUCCCGACCCCGUCCUCCUCGAGUGCCCAGAGCCAAACUGUUCGAAGAAGUACAAACACGCGAACGGGCUCAAGUACCACCGAUCGCACGCGCACGGCUCGCCCGACGAGGAUGACAAGGACGGCUCUAGUUCCGAGCAAGAGGAGCAAACGACUGAACCCGCAUCUCCGGCGCGGCCGCCUUCGGAGCCCGCGACACCGGCGACGCCAGUGAAGUCCCCGACUCCAGCCAAAUCGCCGGACGCCAAGAGCGACAAGACGUCGGAAAAGUCGCCGGAAAAGCCAGACGCGAGCGCGGAGUCCCCGCAGCAGACGCGGUUCCCGGAGGAGUUCGCGGCCACACCGGAGCCGGCGCCGGUCGCCGACCGACCGCCCACGCCGCCCGCUCCUUCCACGCCGCCGCCAGAAAGCCUGCCUGCAUUACAACCAACACAGUUCAAGGUGAAACCCCGAUCAGCUCUGAUGCCAGAGGAGCGCAAGUCUACAGAAUCGCCUCCGGCCGAAUCGCCGGGCAAACGGCGCGGGCGCCGGUCGCCGACGCCGGGCGUACGGUCGCCAGCCUACUCCGACAUCUCGGACGACGCCGCGCCCCCGGACGGGAACAACGAGCCGGAUCCGGCGCACAGGCCAUUUCCGGUUUAUCAUCAGUAUUAUGGGCAGCCUCCGUACCUACCUCCGACGCAUCCCCAAGCAGCGCCUCCCCCUACCGGGGACAAGGGCAAGGAAGAUCUCAGCAAAGGGGACCCUAAAAAUGAUCUCAAGGACGGCAAACCAGAAAGCGGUCCACAAAAGGUGUUACCCCAGCACUUCUACCCCUACAACUACGUCCCAAACUUUCCCUACAACGUGGAAUCCGGGGGUGCGCCGCCCGGGGCGCCCCUAGACGAAAAAACUAAGGAACAAGACCGGGCAAAAACUACACCCAGUCCUUUAGAAAAAACAAAGCAGAAUAGGGGACAGGAUGGGAAGGAAAACCCUAAUCGGCCGAAUGACAAUCAUCAGAUCUUGAAGGAGAGUAUCGAGAUGAAGGCGCAGAUGGGGCCGUAUGCCUUUCAGAGGCCGCCCCAUGCCAGGGAGGAGGAACUGAGAAGAUACUACAUGAGCCUGGAGCAGCGCCGCAAGGAAGGCGGGCCGUCGCCGAAGCCCCCCGCGGCGCCCCCCGCGUCCCCCGCGCGCGCCCCCCACGCCCCCCACGCCCCGCACCAGCACAAGCCCCCCGGGAAAGACAAGGACGACAAACCUAAGGAGGAGGUCAAGGUGAAGCAGGAAGGCCAGAAGCCGACGACGGAGACCCAGGGCCCGCCCCCGCCGCCCACGUCGCAGUACUACCUCCCGCCGUACAUGCAGCCCCCGCACUACGGGGCUCUGCCCUUUGAUCCCGUGUAUAGGGCGCCGCUGAGUCCCAUGCUAGUGGGCAGCUUUGGGGGAGGCUGGACUGUGCCUAGGUACCACGCCCCCGAAGACCUGUCUCGCCCUGGGGCGGCCGGCAAGCUGGAGCUGCUGCCGCCCGCGCACGCGCAGUACUACCCGCCGGCCGCGCACAAGAUCCACGAGCUGCAGGAGCACGCCAAGUCGCCGCCCGGCAAGCCGCCCGCGCGCCAGGAGCCCGCCAAGGAGCCCGCGCGCAGCCCGCCGCCGCAGCGCCACGUGCACACGCACCACCACACGCACGUGGGGCUCGGCUACCCGCUCUACCCGCCGCCCUACCCCGGGGCCCGAUAGCACACGGCAGAGAAGCGGCCCAGUCCCGCGCAGCCUGUCUAGCUUGCCCUAGCAAUAUCAUUAUAAACAGAGACGUGGAAAUAAUGGAGUUGUAUGUUGCAGCGGCGGCAGUGCUGGCCAGCACGCAGGCGGUCGUCAACUCCUUCCCCACGCCGCCCAAAUGAGAAAAACGACAUGAAUAGUGGAGCAAACUAUGACGUUAUCGCCUCUAGCGAGACGUAUGACUUGGCGUUGACGCCAAAACCAGGAUUGGAAACCGGAUUGUGACAGUGAACUAAGUGAUAAUGAUAAACUUGUGAAACUUUAUUCGUUGAACGUAUCUAUGCCAGUAGCCAUAAUUUAAACACUGUGAUCUCGCGUAACCCACGAUGUGUAUGUGAUGUGCGCUUUGAAUGUUAGCAUGUGUACUAAACGAUAGUUACCUGAGUUCUUAUAGUGAACGAGUGUUGUGUCAAGACUCCGUGAGUGUUGGACGUUGUGUUGCAGACGCGAGGACUUGGCGUCGUCUCCGCAUAUAUCUAAUUUGGUUUUUAUGUUUACUAGCGAAAGCACAAAUUAGCUAUGUACAUAUUAGUGUUACAUGUAAAUUACAUUACGUCAUUAGUGUUCCGUAAGUUAAUGUAAUAUAAACAUCGAAUUCACUGAUUUUCCAACUGGGCAUUGUACUGAUGUUUGAAGCCCCUUUUAAAUUUGAUAUCGUGCGGUUCAGCCUAGUAAGAUCUUUAUUUAUGAUUACUGCAUUCCACAAAGAAAGCAAGCGUAGUUGUAACUUAAGAUAAUUAAUAUUUAAGUAAUUGAUAGCGUAAGUUUGAAGGCGUCAAUGUGAUCAUUACUAUAUGAAUCGUAGUGUGCACAAAUCGUACUCUGUCUCGAUUAUAGUGACAAAUCGAUUGAUUUUUGGCCGUUUUCUAUAAACGAUUCGUAGAACUUUCGUGAACGGUUGAGAUGAUUAUUGGUAGAAGUAUAAUGAAGACGACGAAUGAAAAGUUUAUAGAAAAGGGUUGGUAUUAUAUAAAGUAGAAAGCAAUCUAUAGAGUCGUGGUGUGUUUGGACAGCGCUGUACGUGUAUGUAUGUCUGGCUUUUAAUGAUAACUAUAAAAAUCUCAUAGUCUGGUAUAUUCUCAUACAAGGGAUUAGCUUUUCUGUACCCACUUUUUGUGCAGUGACACACUGUUUUGUAUGAUUGUUUCUUGUUUGGUUCUGUUAUCUCUAUCGAAAUGCAUUUAAUGUUCAACCAGGACCAUCUUCACUCGCACGCUGAUUUAUCUAAAUAAUAAAAAGGAAUCUUCUCUUAUGCCUGAUAUAUUGAUUAGUGAUUGGGGAUGGUUCCAGGUACUUAACACUGCAAAUGCAGUGCCAACCUAAAUGUUCAAUAUAAUGGUCUUCCAGAAAGUUAAUUUCAGUGAUUCACAAUCAUUAUGUCGAGUUAAAUAUUUUUUUUUUGUUGAAAGGCGAAAUAAAAUCGACGCUUCUAUAAACGAUCGAGUGAAUUGAUUAUAAUUGAUUACGAGUGAAGUUGAAAUGCAUUUCUAUCUAACUAGUAGAAGAUGAAUGUUAUAACACAUUACUUAGAGAUUCGAAUAAGUAAUUAUAGUGAUAUGGUAUUAUUUUCAUGACAUUAGUCAAUGUACGCAAGUACCUGUUUCAUAUUUCAUAAUAGAAACCAUUGUGCCAUUCCACGGAAGAAGGUACCUCACAUCAUUUUAUGAUCAUGAGAUAUCUUUCACCGCGGAAUGACUUAAAUCGCGGGGCCUAAAUACCUACGGAUGAAAAGUGUGUUAUUUUAUGUAACCAGUGACUGAAUUUACGUUUUUAUUAUGCUAUCUACUUAUUUGUUUGAAUUGUGUAACAAUAAUCAUGUUGUUGGUAUAUUCUGAGCUAACUAUAUGAGACAAGUAAAUAUUAAGCGGGACUACCAACUCGCUCGUGUUUAGAUGUGAAUGUAUUGAUGUACCCUACAAGUAAAUACUUGUGCCAAGUGGCAGGGUAAGCUGGAUUUCCAUUGGCCGGUGUUUAAAUGAGGUAUUUUAUGUGUUGAGGAUUAUGACCUAAGGGUCGUUGAAAGUUCACUAGUGCGUUGAAUUAUCUGUAAUAGUAAUCAUGGCGUCCAGAAAGUUAAUAAAUAGUAAUAACAACUUUAGUUAAUUUAAGCCUUCCAAACAUAAUUUUACUGUGAAUCCUCUAAAAUUUUUUUUGUUACUGAAAGUAUCUCAUGUUACGUUUAAAAUCUGACCCAUGGCUGGCCAAUGAAAAUAUAGCCUCUCCUCAAGUUCUGGUCAUUUUGUGUACUUGAUUCUGAAAGCUGCUCGACCUUUCUAUGCUAAUUAUACAUUUACUGCACCAGGAAACCUGGGGCAUUUUUUCGAACAUUGACAAGACAUAUCUUCCUUUGGUUAACAGAUGUGUCUUGUCUACUUCCGUGAAUAGUCCUCGGUGUUCUUGGCUUUCCUAUUUUCGUCGGUAAUGCUUGUUUAGUCAACGGUUAAUCCUCCAAUAUAAUAAGGUUAUUCAGAUUUCAUAAGUUCAAUUAUAACUUUGAGUGCUAAGAUUUUUCAUAAAUACUAUAUUAGUAUUUUUCUAUCUUCGGUUUUGUAUUAGAUUUUUGUUUAGAGCUUUAAAACGUCUGUUAAGCUUUUGUCGAAAUGAAAAUCAAUCGCAUCGUAAAUGGUAGUUAUUUAUCUCUGAUCCGGUGACAACUGUACCAACGGGCAAAAAAGAAUUUUAUUCAUUGUAUCUGAAUUAACCUUCAGUCAUUUGAACUUAAUCCUAACAGAUCAUUAGCGUGUUUGUAGCGGAAUAGAUAGCUAACAUGAUCUCAUACCUCCUCGAUUUACAUAGACUGAUGAUCGUUAAGUACCCGAACUUAGAAGGCGUAAUACAAUGUCCGCCAUGAAAUAAAAAAUUGCCGAACGUCCACGUUCGUGGACGCGAAGCAAUCAGUGAUCCGAAAUAACUUAUACUGAUUUUGCAGUUUGGUUGCAUCCGACACAUGCCUUUCAAUAGGAUUUUUUGUGCAAUUUUUUUCUGCAAAUUAAGGCCAUUUAUCUCUCAAUAUACCUGAAAUAAAUAGGUUUUGUCGCCUUAUCCACGCCGCUUAAUUUUAAGAUUUUUUGAUUAUGAGGAUACUUAAAUAUGUAUGUAAAAACAUUUCUACACACUUUUUAUAAGUGUUUAUGUUACGGACCCGUGUAUUGUUGAUUCGGCGAUGAAAAUGCAAACAUUACGCUUCAUUAAUUUUAAAUAUGUAAGUUCCAGUCCAGGUGGCGAAAUGGUAUGUUACAUUAUCAUUGUAUUUAUUAUGCAUCGGUAUAUUAUAAUAUGAACCUUUGUGUAUUUUUUUUUUGAUGUAACUAAAGCCGACAUUGAUUUUUCUUAGAAAAGAAUUUGAGAAGUUAAAAA